AUGAAUAAACCACCUAGAAAUAAUUGCCCAACACCUGUCGAUGAGUCGCUAAAACCUUUGGUUACACAUACCCUUCCUCCUAUUUCAUCACUUUUAUCAUUGCCAACGCCUACUGAAGAAAACUCAAACAUAGUACCAAUGUCAACGAAUUCUACUUUAACUACUUCAAGUAAUAGCACACCUACUUUACCAAGUACUUUUAAACGAAGUGUAGACACAAAAAAUACUAUUUCUAUUUCCAAUGCCAAUGAAAAUAGUGAUAAAGCCAGACAAGCAAAUGCUCAGUUAGUAGCCAGUAAACUACGAGUAAGAUUACAAUGGGCACUUUACAAGUGUAAAACUGGUCAAACACAUUUAACUGCAACUGAUAUCUUGAAAGUUCAUACUAUUCAGAAUUUUUCAGCCUCAUCUAGCGCCCGUGUUUCUGCUUUAAAAAAUGGAAUCGCUAAAUCUUCCACGUCAAGUAGUAACAAAAUAAGUCGUUCAACUUCUUCAUACAUCAACUCCAAACAUAAGCGCAGUAGACGCAGAAGAAAAUUGUUAGUAUCUCAUGGGAAUUAUAAAACACCUAUUAGAGCCAAUCUGUUCCAAUCUUCUACACGUGCCGAUUCAACCUCCAAUACAACUUCCAAUACUUCUACCCAUUCACAUGGUUUAUCAAAUGUGGUAACUUUAAACACUACUAUUGCAUCUGUUGUUACUCCAAUUAAGCCUCUUCAAGCAACUAUCAACAGUUUAAACUCUAAUGCAAAGGCAAAUAAAAAUAUGCUAUUGACCUCUACUCAACAAACACCAAUAAGUUUACAAGCAGCUAAGUCAUUAUUGCAUUUAUUUUCUUCUGUAAAAUAA